AUGAAUCUUCUAGCCAGAGCAAAAAUGUCGUCGCAUCUGAUAUCUUCUUCCAACACUCCGGUAACGCGCCUCCUCAAUCUGCGCCCCCAAACCGCCGCCCUCCAACAAUGCGAGCCCUACUCCACCAAAACUACGACGCGCAACGUCAGCCAGAACCCGGCCAAGCCCAAGGCCCAGAAACCCUCCGCGCCGCCGUCGACGACCUUCUCGCAGAGGAUCCGGAAGCAGACGGAGGCGCUGACCGGCGUGUGGCCCAAGCCGGGCGAGAUGCCGUACCAGGCGAAAGUCACCAACUUUGUGAAUCUGAUCGGCCGGGUCGGGCUCCCCAUCCGGUUCGAGUCCGACGCCGACGGCAAGCAUCUCGCCGCCACCGUGAUUUCUCUCCUGAACGGAGGCGCGAGGACCCCCCUGACGAUUCCCGUCGUGUUCGAGGGCGUCCUCGCCCACUCUGUGUCGUGCCACGUCCGCGAAAAUGAUCUUGUUUUCGUGUCCGGCCACCUAAGCGUGGACCCCACGGGGGUGCUCCCUGGCGAGAGCCUGGGGAAAUUUCACGUCGUGGCUGAGAAUAUCAACUUUGUGGAGGGGGAUCUCAUGAAGAGCCCACUGCAAUGGUAUGAUUAUCGCGGGCUAAAGAAAAAUGGGUCGGUAAAAGAGAAGCAUCCGGAUUUCAAGCAGAAGGUGACCAGAGAAGCUCUCUGGAUUAGCUCUGCCCCCAAGUGGGCCCUGCACGGGCUUGAAAGAUUGGAGUUUGACGUGAUAAAGCCGAAGCAUGCGAAUGAGAGCUCGAGUGAUGAUUCUUGGAAGGAUGUGGUUGAAAAUCCAGACAACUGGUGGGAUUGUAGGGCCAAUAAGAAAAACCCUAAAGCGCCAGAUUUUAAGCAUAAGAAGACUGGUGAUGCUUUGUGGCUGAACAGGGCUCCCGGUUGGGUUUCGGCUAAGCUUCCGCCUGUAAGAGAUUAG